AUGGCUCCCGCACUUCCCACGCAAGACUACUACGUUACCUUGGGGGUGCGACCUUCUGCGCUGUACGGCGAGAUCAAGACGUCAUACCGCCGCCUCGCACUAUUGCAUCACCCGGACAAGAACAUCGGAUCUCAACAUGCGACCGCGACGAUUCAGCUUAUCAACGCAGCAUGGGAAGUACUCAAAGAUGCGACUAAGAGGAGCGAAUACGAUCGCAGCCGUCAACAACGAACUGCUUCAUCCUCAGGCAGUCAACCUUACGCUCCAUCUCCAGCCACAUCACAGCCAAACCCUCAGCCGCACCCGCAAAACGAGACACCAGCGCAAAGGGAAGCGCGUGCACAAGCAGAGAACAACCGGAUACGACAAGAGUGGCUCAACUAUGAGAGAUCUCAGAAAGAGCAGAUUCGUCAAUGUCGUAACACUGUCAAGUCUCUUGAAGCCGAACUCGAGUGCCUGAACAGGAAUGUUUUUGAGAAUCGAGCAAAGCUAGCAAACGACAAUCAGUCGGAAGCGGGCACAUUGGCCUUCUUGAGCAACAGACUGAGUGAACAAGAGAAGAGCGACAUCACGUUAGCCACAAUCAACGCGGAGAACGUCAUUCGGAUCAAGCAGAUACGCCUAGACGAAGCAAGGGUACGGCUCGAACAGCUGAACGAUGACCUCACGAAACGAAAAAAUCAAGAAGGCGAAAGGCUUGUGGCUGAGCUGGCUGAGAAGGCGAGGAAAGAACGACUUGCGAAAGAAAAGGCUGAACAGGCCCGACAGUGGGAACAGACAAGACAAGCAUGGGAGGCUGAACAACGUGCUGAAAAGGAGUCCCGAAAAGCACGAAAGAAAGCGAAGCGAGAAGCAGAACAAAAAGCAGGAUGGGAGGCAGCAAAGAAAGCAGCAAGAGAAGCAGAGGAGUAUGCGAGAGAGGAAGCAGAGUAUUGGGCGACACAGAAAGAAGAGCGUCGCAUGAGAGAGGAAGCAGAGUAUUGGGCGAGAAAAGAAGCAGAGGAGUAUGCGAGACAAGAAGAAAAGCAUCGUGCGAGAGAGGAAGCAGAACGUCGUACGAGAGAGCAAGCGGAGCUUCGUGCAAGACGGAAAGCAGAGCAUCGUGCGAGGCAAGAAGCAGCUCACCGUGCAAGACAAGAGGAAUCGAGGAAGCGCGCGGCAAAGGAACAUGCAGCAAAGCAGUAUGAGGCCACAGCAGCAGAACGAUCACGAGCGAGGAGAUCCAACUAUGACGGGACUGCGCAGGGUUGA